CCAGCACUUCCACAAAAACCACAGGAUGUAUGGCAGUUUCCUGAAAUAUUGCAUUUUCACAGGAGUGAGCUAAUUGAAAAUGAUUUUCAUUUUUAAAAAACUCGGAUAUGCAGAUACACUAAAUAUUAUCUUCUAAGUCAUUUUAAGUGUUUCAAAAAUGCACAAAUUCCAUGCAUAUGGGCUCAUUCUCUUAACCAUUUGAGUUCUUGAGUAGAGAAACUGGAGUAUUGAGAAUUGAAGGAGAUGAGGCUGAGGAGACCCAUUGGAUUCACCUUGGGGAGGAACUUGAGUGCCAGUUCCAGGUAAAACCCCCGGACAACUAUGUAGGAUCACCAUGCAGACUUGUAAAGACCUCCAAAGUGCCAGGACCUGGCUGGCUGGCUUGUUUCUCUGAUAGCAGAUCGAACUACAGUUGAUGGCAUCGGUCAGCUUGCACUCCUAGAGUCUUUUUGGACAAAAGAUGGACGAGUGUUCACAGUGGGACAAGCUCUCCUUUGUUCAGGUCCAUCAUGAGUGAGAAAUGGGACUCAAACUCUUCAGAAAACUGGCAUUACAUUUGGAGUGUCAAUGGCACAAAAUAUCACCUAUACUCAGAUAUCAAUAUUACCUAUGUGAACUACUAUCUUCACCAGCCUCAAGUAGCAGCAGUCUUCAUCACUUCCUACUUUCUCAUCUUCUUCCUGUGCAUGGUGGGAAAUACCGUGGUUUGCUUUACUGUAAUGAGGAACAAGCAUAUGCACACAGUCACUAAUCUCUUUAUCUUGAACCUGGCAAUAAGUGAUUUACUGGUUGGCAUAUUUUGUAUGCCUAUCACGCUCUUGGACAACAUCAUAGCAGGAUGGCCCUUUGGAAGCACAAUGUGCAAGAUCAGCGGAUUCAUUCAGGGAAUAUCAGUUGCAGCAUCAGUCUUUACUUUAGUUGCGAUAGCUGUGGAUAGGUUCCGCUGUGUUGUCUACCCUUUUAAGCCAAAGCUCACUAUCAAGACAGCAUCUGUCAUUAUUGUGAUCAUCUGGGUCCUGGCCAUUGCCAUUAUGUCCCCAUCUGCAAUAAUGUUACAUGUACAAGAAGAAAAAUAUUACCAAGUGAGACUCAACUCCCAGAAUAAAACCAGUCCAGUCUACUGGUGCCGGGAAGACUGGCCAAAUCAGAAAAUGAGGAAGAUCUACACCACUGUGCUGUUCGCCAACAUCUACCUGGCUCCCCUGUCCCUCAUUGUCAUCAUGUAUGGAAGGAUUGGAAUUUCACUCUUCAAGAUGACAGUGCCCCACACAGGCAAACAGAACCAGGAGCAGUGGCACGUGGUAUCCAAGAAGAAACAGAAGGUCAUUAAGAUGCUCCUGAUUGUGGCUCUGCUUUUUAUUCUCUCCUGGCUGCCUCUGUGGACACUGAUGAUGCUCUCAGACUAUGCUGACCUGUCUCCAAAUGAACUGCGGGUUAUCAACAUCUACAUCUACCCGUUUGCACAUUGGCUGGCCUUUUGCAAUAGCAGCGUCAACCCCAUCAUUUAUGGUUUCUUCAAUGAGAAUUUUCACCGUGCAUUCCAAGAUGCUUUUCACUUCCAGCUCUGCCAAAAAAGAGCAAAGCCCAAGGAAACCUAUACCGUAAGAGCUAAAAACAAUGUGAUCAUAAGUACAUCUCAUCAGUUAGCCCCAGGACCUGCAAUUCAAAAUUCACAUGAGGAAAAUUUGCUUUGUAGGAAAAGUGCUGAAAAACCCAACCAAGAAUUAAUGAUGGAAGAAUUAGGGGGAGUCACCCAGAGCAAUGAGAUUUUAAAAGAGCUGGUAUGAUUAUUUUAACUAUACAGUGUGUUAUAUACAGAAAUACUAUUGCUUUCUAUAGCUUUGUACUUGAAUUCUAAGAAUGUUCUAAAGAAAAUAUGUACUGAAAGCCCUCUUUGAACAGAAGUGGAAUAGUUCAUAUCCAAUCUUAUGGUAUAUAAAAUAUGUAGAGACUCACAAGUUUUCCUGGAUAAAUCCAUUUUCCAGGAACAAUUUUCAAAGCCUGACCUUUUCCAAUUUAGCCAGUUGGGUAGGAGUCAAACAUGUAUUAUGUGUAUACAAAUAUAUAAAACACAUGCACUUAUUUUCUCCAAAUGGCGAUAAAUGGACAGUUAUUUGCAUGAGAGUACAUUUUGUCAAUUCUCUUUUUGCUUUUGGAGUUGAAAUUUUAGACUACAAAAUUAUUUGUGCUUUUAAAAUAUACUUAGCUUUCUUAGAAGAACCGCAAUAGCAAAUAGACACUAUUUCUUUGUGUUUAAGGUUGAUUUUUCUUUUAAAGAGUACAGUUAAAGUUGGUGAAAUCAUAACAUUGUUGGCUUAAUAUUUUCAUAAAUAAAAUUCAUGCUGUAGCUGAACCCAUAUUUCUUAGAGAUGACUUGGGAUGCCAGUUUGACCCCCUAAUAGAAUCUCUGACCAAGAAGAAAAUCCUUUUUUUUUUUAAUGUUUAUUUUUUGAGAGAGAGAGAAUAUGAGCAGUGGAGGGGCAGAGAAAGAGGGAAACACAGAAUCUGAAGCAGACUCUGACCUGUCAGUACAGAGCCUGAUCCGGGGCUCAAAGACAGAGACCGUGAGAUCAUGACCUGAGCUGAAGUCAGACGCUCAACUGAGUGAGCCACCCAGGUACCCCAAGAAGCAAAUCCUUUAGUAAUGCAACAUUUGGCCAACAUUGGAGAAUGACCACUCUCCUUUGAAGGGCUGAGUCAAAGAUGUGUGACAAUCAUUAGUAAAGUCUGUGCAAAAAAAGACCAAUUAUUCCAGAUUUCCUGCUGGGUACAGCAAUUAAAUCCAGCACUCUUACUGAAUUAGUAAACUAAUACCACUGCUAAAAAGAGAAUUGCAAACCCUUGGGUUCUGCUAUGUUUCAAUUAUGUAAUGGCAAUAGCUGUAAAUGUUAGCUUUUAUUCUAGGGUGAGAUUAGUCCCUAGAAAAUUUGAAAAUAAUAAAUAAUUUGGCAAAUAAAAAUUGCUUGGUUCAGGCCAAGAGUGAUGAAAAGUGUUAUUUCCUACAAUCGGGAAGGACAACUUUUGAAGUCUAGGUAUAGAAUUUGAUCAUUUAUUCCGUUGCCCCCAGUUACCGAAGUACUAUUUACAGUAAACGUUGAAGGUUACUUUGUUGGACUCCUACUUUCUAAUGGGCAUCCUCACAUUCUGUCAGCACCUGAAAUUCAUCAUCACUAAACCCCAUACCCUUACUUGUCAUCUAACUACCUUCUAUCAACUUCAACCCCCUUUCAUAUGUGUAUUUCCACCAAUAGUCUGUUUGUGACAAUGUAGGUAUUAUCUAAAGUGAUAUAUUUUCUCUACUGUGCUCAUUUUCUUGAGUCCUCCCAAGCAGAGUUGUUAAUAUCCAUAUUUUUACUAACAGUCUGUUCAAGACAAUCUAGGCCACAAGCCACAGAGCAUUAAACUUAAUGGAAUUUGCCUGACUAGAUUUCAGACUUUCUUGGGAUUAGUGACUUCUUUUUUCCUUCCAUUUUUCUCCCUUAUUGAACAGAAAUAUCUACAACUGUUAUUCCAUGCUUGUACCACCGUUGUGUUUUGGAAGCAGAUAACCUGCCUCUUUAGUUUCAGUGGUCCACAGAUGGACAGAAAUGGUGUCACUAAAUUUGUGAUAACGUGUUAUGGCAAAAGUACAAAAUACACUUCCUUUCCUUUUUUGUAGUUAAUUCUUUGAUAUGUUUGAAGUGUAUUUUUUGUAAGAGAAAAAUACAAAUUAUUUAUGGUACUUAAGCAGUUUUUCCAUUCAAUCAUACCUCUGCCUGGCUUGAGCACUAGCUUCUUAAGGGAUUCUAGUUUGAGAACGCCCUCCCUUCUAGGUGUGUUGCCCGUGCUGCUCCCUGGCUUAGGGACCGUGCUAUGGUGCAUUACCUUAAUGGGAGAUAAUGGCCUAUGAAUUAUACCAUGUACAGAUGAAGCACAUGUUCAAUACAGCAAAACAAGAAAAAU